UUAUUUGGUUUCUUUGCCAGCUUUAUCAUUUGGGCUGGUAAUUGUUAUAUUUUCCCUCUCUCUUUGUGUUGGGAGUGUCAGUUUAUGAGCUUGGAUUUAAAUAGGUUUACACCCUCAGGAGAAUUUUUUGACGGAGAUUUGAUGUGAUGUGUUAUUAAUGGUAGUUUUACAUGUUGGAAUGUUGGAAUUGAAGAUUUUCAGAGAUGGCUGUCAUAUGGCUUGUACAGAGAGCUGGUAUUAUGAAAAUCCAGAACCUAAUUAUGACAAGACUCACUGAGGAAGUAUUCAGGGCUCUAGACAGAAACUGUGGGCUAACAUCAGCCUCAGGAAAGUGACUAAGGGAUUUAAUCAACAGCAAUACACCAUCCCUGUGUACAUUUAAUUAGCUGCAUGCUGCUUAAUAGAAGGCUUCAUUCCUGUAUCGUAUGAGUUAAACAAUGAGCAGCCCAGAGUGGAUGGUAAAGUUAUACAACAAUAACGCCACUGAAAACAAUGAGGAUUUUAACAUAAGCCCUAGAUAGGAUGAAUCUAUUACGGAUCACAGUCUCUCUGUUUGGUGCUGUGUUUUUGAUUCUUUUUUGGUGCGAUGGGUGUGGCUCUCUCCAGAUUUCCUCAGGUGGGGAUUUGAACCUUGUUGUCAACAAAAUAAGAGGUCAGCUUUUACUGAGGCAUUUAGGAUUCAAACCUGGAAGAUAUGCAAGGGAUACCUUUAAUGCAGAAGUGAAUGUUAGUGAAAGCUAUCAAAGGUUAAAUGGAACAGUUGUUUCAAAUAGGACAGAAAAUGUAACUAAAACUGAGUCAGUUUCUGUGCUAAAUUCAACUUUAGUUCCAACAUCAGAACCUGAGUCCACACCUGAGCCAACAAGAAAGAGUGAGCCAGAACCAACCUAUGAACCAAGUUCAACUUCUGAACCUGUAGUAGAACCAAAGACAACAGCUGAAAUUUUAAGUGAGCCACAUUCCACACCAGAACCUGCGCCUGAAACCACCUCAGAACCAAUUCCUGAACCAGAGGCAUCCCUAAAAACAAAAAGUGAGCCUGAACCAUCACCCAAGAUAAACUCAACAGCAGAGUCUGUUUCAGAGCCGACAUCUGAACCUAAUCCAUCUGCAGAGCCAGAGACUACAAGUGAACCUAAGCCUUCACAUGAGCCAGUAUCUACAGCAGAACCAAGUGUAGAACCUAAGCCAACACAUGAACCUAAAUCCACAGCAGAGCCUGUAAGUGAGCCAGAGUCAACAGCAGAACCAGUUCCAGAGCAAACUUCUGAACCAACUUCAGAACCAAGAUCAACAGCAGAGCCAACUAGUGAACCUGUUGUAACACCUGAACCUAAUCCAGAAUCAAACACUUCACCUGAACCAACCUCUGAGCCAGAGUCAACAGCAGAGCCAACUAGUGAACCUGUUGUAACACCUGAACCUAAUCCAGAACCAAACUCUUCACCUGAACCAACAUCAGAGCCCAAAUCUACAGCAGAGCCUGAGCUAACACCAGAGCCAAAUCCUACAAGUGAACCAGAAAUAACACCAGAGCCAGAGGUAACUUCUGAGCCACACCCUGAGCCAAAUGCAACAGCAGAGCCUACAGGUGAACCUGUUUCAGAACCAACUGGAGAACCAGAACUGGUCUCUGAACCAACACCAGAAGCGGAAUCAUCCUCACCUGAACCAGAAGUUGAGCCAGAACCCGAGGCUGAGGGGGCAGCCUUUGCAGAGCCUCAUCCAGUAUGGGAUGUGGCUAUGAAAGAAUGGCAAUGGGGCUGGGAAAUUCUUGUGUAUUUCUUUGCAGCUUCGUUUCUACUUAUUGCUCUCUUGAGCCUGCUAAGUGUUAUAAGACUAUGGAAAAUAAAGCAUUUGCUGAGUAAAAACUACUUCAUGGUGCUAAACAUUUUAAUCAUCUUCAAAUGUGUUCUUCGGGCAUUAUAUUUACUGAUUGAUGCUUACAAUGUGCGUGGAACCUACCAUCCUGUGUUGGCAUAUUUUCUCUACAGUACUGCCUUUCCAUGUUUAACAUCAGCGUUUAGUAUUCUGUUUUAUGCAUUACUUCUUGCGACCAAAAUGAAAAUGUUGUCUUCCAAAAUACAGAAGUCCUCAGUGCUUAUUGGUAUAAUUGCAUUCCACUUCAUUCUCUCCAUUUCAACAGAUUUUGUCGUGGGAUUUUUUACGGACGCUAAAAUCAUGCUUUUAAUUUGCCAGUCCUUUUAUAUUUUAUGGGGAAUUAUUUUAUUCUUGGGAUAUAUUUUCAUUUUCCGAAGAUUGCGUGAAUCAGCAAUAAAACGCCGAAAAACGCUUAAGAAGCAUUCAAUUUCUUAUCCCUCUGAUAUUUCAAGGAAGUCAGUAGUUAGUUCCAUGGGAAGUCUUCCAAGACCGAAAAAAUCCAGAAAUAAAUCGACGCUGAAUUCUGCAAUUACUGUGACACUGGUUGCCGCCGCCUGUGGAUUAUUCUGCAUUAUUUUAGAAUUUUUUGGAAUUUUUUAUGUCUUUCGAAUGUUCACAGAUGGGUACGUACCCGAACCUUGGCCCUGGUAUGUGCACCAGUUCCUUUUGCGUGUGUUCGAAUUAAUCAUGUGUGCAAUAAUGGUAUAUGUUGGUUCGCAACCAAUAAAAUACAACCGGAGAAAUGACUCGAAGCCUUGUUAUCUGUUUUGUUUUGUAUUGAAAAAGUGCUGCUGUUCUAGUCAAGAAAAUUCUGAAAACGACCAAAACACCUCAUUUGGAAGUUCUCACUUCAAGAGUUUCUCAGAUAGUGAGUAUGAUUCAAGUGAUGCUAAAAGUUCAAAGAAACAGAGUAAAAAUGUGAUGGUUGAACAAAAUGGAAAUGGUCCCCAGCCCUGUAAACAUACCCACAUCGUGAUCGAAGAAGGACUCGUGAGAUUUCGUAGUGAGGAUGAGCUGACGGACGGGGUAUCGGACCGCGCCUCAAGCUUGCCCGACCUCCUCCAUGGCAACGCCGUUUCUACCACAAAUACUGGUAUGUGCAAUAUGGCGUUCAGUUCUAAUGGCAAUGUUCCUGCUACAAAUACGCCAUUGCACCGAACGAACACCGAACCUUCCGAGAUGAUGGAGAAAAACUUGGGAAGUGUGGGGACCAUUGGAACUAUAGGGGCCAAUAUUCCAUCAAUAAAUCUCGCUCACAGCUUGCAGUGGGAGUUUGACAAAGCGUACGACCGCAGCUUUCAGUUGGCAGACGACAAUGACGACAAGCCACCAACAUACGGGGAGGUGGAGAUGCAGGAACAGGAUGUGGAUCCGCCCACUGAUAAAUCGGAAUCUUCUGAGACUGAUGAUUCCUGUGGGCCUGUGUCCCCCACCCGACGCCCCCUCAUCACAGGCGAGGAUUCGUCAGCUGAUGUUAGUCUAUGAAUAUAUUUAUAUGUUAAUGCCAUGUGAAAUUGAUUUUUAUUUCCCAUUAUUUAUUGAUUUGAAAUGAGAUUUUUGAAAGAAUUUGUGUUUAGAUCUACACAUUUUAAUAUAUUUUGUUAGUUUCUUUUUUCACGUAGUAAAUACGUGUGUCUGUGUGUGUGUGUGCAUAUGUGUAUUUGUUUUAUUGUUAAAUACUAAGUAUGUCCAUGCCAUUUUAAAUUGCAUCCUAUGCACUCAUCUACAUAAAGUCUUAAAAUGUGUUACUUACAAGUUCAUUCUUAAUUAAGUGCACAAUUGUUAACAAUGACUUUAAUAAGAACUUGAAUUUGAAAGUGUUUUUUUUAAAAUGUAUACUAGAAUUGACUUUUAUUAGAAAAGUAAUUUUGUAUCUACCUAUAACAAGAUGCAAUAAAAAGUAAGACAGGAAGUUAGUAUUAAUAUUUAAAUGAUGUGAGAGUGUGAAAAAAGUAACAUGAAAAGAAAUAUUAUCUUUGUCAUUCAAAACAUGCAGAAAAAUCUUCAGAAUUAAAAUGAUAUUAACUAUG